AUGGGCCAAUUCUUGGGCAUACUGGCCCAUGGACUACCGUCGAUGGAAGUGAAGAUGAAGCCCAAACCGGUGACGAAUAGAGUUGCGACAAUCCCGAACAGAAUUCAAAUUACGAUUGUAGCGAUUAACACCGUGUCCAAACAGCCGGCCGGAAAAGCUCUCGUCAAUUCCACUGCAGCCAAGCUCAAUGGCCUCUAUAACGCAGCUCAAGCAGAGGUAAUCCCUGCAAAACCCAAAACCCUAAUUACCCCAUUGCUUACCAAUCUGACAAGAGCCACAACCCAAUCAUUCGUAAGAGAACUUGUCACCGAAACACGCCCUUGCCAGUCGGCGUUGCCAAAAAUCAUCGAGUUGUUCGCGGAUAAAUUGAGCUAUGUGGACACAAGGGCCAUGGAAGAUCUUAGAAAUAAGGUGUCGGUAUUGAAGGACGAAGUGUUGAGAAACUGUGAAGAAAGUCACAAGAUUGAAAGAGUAUUGGAAGAGAAGGGGGUUUCUUUAUUCCGGAGUUAUUCUGAUGGAUCUGCUUCGAUUGAGCUCUUGAAGCAAUUGGAUUCUUGGCCGCACUUAGCCCUUGAGGUUUUCAAUUGGAGAAGGAAGCAAGAAGACUAUAACAUUCCUAUGACAACAGAGGAGUAUGCCAAGGGAAUAAUGGUGGCUGGUAAACUGAAGAAUGUUGAUCUGGCGGGUGAGCUUUUCACAGAAGCUGCCAACAAGCGACUUAAGAAAACCUCCACUUAUAAUGCACUCAUGGGUGCUUAUAUGUUUAACGGUUUUGCCUGGAAGUGUCAAUUGUUGUUUCGAGACUUAAAGAGGGAAGUAUGCUGUAGUCCUACAAUUGUAACAUAUAAUAUUCUCAUUUCUGUCUUUGGUCACUUGAUGCUGGUUGACCACAUGGAGGCAACAUUUUCAGAGGUAAAAGAUUUGAAUAUCUUCCCUAAUGUGACUACAUAUAAUAAUUUAAUUGCUGGAUAUGUUACAGCAUGGAUGUGGGAUAAUGUGGAGAAGACUUAUAGGAUCAUGAAGGCAGGUCCCGUGAAGCCUGAUCUUACCACCCACUUGCUAAUGCUACGAGGGUAUGCACAUUCUGGUAAUUUGGAAAAGAUGGAAGAGAUUUAUGAGCUGGUGAAAAAUCACGUCAAUUGUUGGUCAGAGCUAUGA